AUGACAGUAGAGGAAUAUAGUAGUGAUGAUAUUGACAACUUGGUCAAUAAAAUCAUAAUUCAAAGUACUAAACAGAACCGGAUAAUCAUCGCUAUAUCUGGAGUCCCUGGGUCAGGUAAAACCACUGUUACAUCUAAGAUUUAUGAUAAGUUAUCUAAACUGGUAUCCGUUAAAAUACUACAACAAGAUGGAUUUCAUUACUACUUGAAGGAAUUACACCAAAUGCCCAAUGUUGAAGAAGCUUUAGAGAGAAGAGGAGCUCCCUUCACUUUCAAUGUGGACAAACUAUUAUCCGUCGUCAAGGCCGUAAAACAGGGUGAUCGCGUGUCUUUACCAACCUUUGAUCAUAAGUUGAAAGAUCCUGUUGAAGAUCAAGUUACCAUAGGUGAUGAAAAAGUAAUCAUUCUCGAAGGAAACUACUUCAAUUUGAAUCUUCCGAAAUGGAAAGAUAUCAACAGUUACAUUGAUGAGAACUGGUUCGUUAGUACGACCGUUAGCGUAGCCAAGAAAAGAUUAAUCCAAAGACAUUUAGAUGCUGGGAUUAGUAGAAAUGUCGAAGAAGCUACAAAGAGAGUGGAAACAAAUGAUCUUGUCAACGGACAAUUUAUUAUACAGAAUCAAAUUAAACAACCUAAUGUCAUAAUCCAUAAUUAA